CUGUAAUUACAGGGCAACUUUAUAAGAUUUUCUCACUUGACCAUAUUCUAAUAAAUCUCGACUGACAUAUUUUUACUCUUACAAAGUCAUAAUUAACUGGAUUCUUCUCCUCUCACGUGCCUCCUUUAACUAGGAUGGCUACUACUCCCAAAGUCAAAGCCCAGAAGGGGCUGGGUCGUUCAACAAAGCAACGAGCUCUGGAUGAUCUGGUUAUGGCUACGAAUAGCAGCAGUAUCGUGUCUAAAAGAAGUGUAGAACGUAUCUACUAUCCAAACGAACCUCACUUCUUUCGUUUCUUCGUAAAGAAGUUUCAGCGGCGGGCUCCGUUGAUUAAUCGAGGCUAUCAUAUUAGACUUCAUGUAAUUGAUGUCGCCGUUCGUAGGUUCCUAGAAAGACCUUCGGAGAAAAAGAAAGUGGUUAUAAAUCUAGGCUGCGGAAGCGAUGUGCUCCCGUGGCAAUGUAUGACCAGAUAUCCCGAGAGAUGUCAGAAUGUUACAUUUAUAGAUAUCGAUUUUCCUGACUUGAUAGAGAAGAAAUGCCGGAUCGUCCAGGAUACCCCUGAGCUCAGGUCUCCCUUGACCGGGUUCAAGACUAAUAUAGGAAACCAUGUAGUACUACAGAGCGAUCAGUAUGUCGAGAUUGGCUGCGAUUUACGCAAUAUCUCCGAUAUAGAAAAGGCACUCUCAACUGUUAUCGAUGUGGCCCAUUGCGAGUUUAUGUUUGUGGCAGAGGUCUCUAUCACCUAUAUGGAAACCGAAGGCGCGAAUUCGGUUAUUCAAUGGGCCAGCACUCUUGGACAAGCUGAAUUUUGUCUUCUGGAGCAAAUUAUUCCAGAUAGAGAAGACAAUCCGUUUGCAAAGACGAUGUUGGCGCAUUUUGAGAAAUUGAAGACUCCCCUAAGGUCUGUUUUUACCUACCCGGAUGUCAAUGCCCAGCGGGACCGUUUCGUCAAAAGGGGCUGGUCACACGUUGAUGUUAGCACUCUCUGGCAAAUAUGGGCUGACGACCAGUGGCUUGCGGCCGACGAGAGGAGAAAACUCGACUCCUUUGAGCCUUUUGACGAAUGGGAGGAGUUUGCAAUUUUCGCGGCUCAUUACUGCGUGGUUAUCGCCAGGACUAAUGCAGCAACGACUCAAACGGCCACAAGCAUCUCUCGGGAUUUUGAUAGACUCGAAGUUCCCGUGUUAUCUCUGGACGCCGACUUUAGAGAAUACUCUGGUACUCGCGGACAACGCCGAUUUGGCGCUGCCAUGAAGUUAAAAAACGACUUAGGGGAAGAGUUCUUGUCUAAUACCUUUGGACUCGGAACGAAUAGCCGAUUAAGGUCAUAUGAUCUCUACGUUAACGAGUCAACUCUACAAGAUGUUCAGACGCAUCAUACUGGCCCUAGUAGUCGCAUGUGUCAUACCGUUACAGACAUGGGCGAGCAUGGAAACUUGCUAGUAGGAGGCAGGACUUCUCCGUCAAGUGCUCUGCGCGAUUGCUGGCUCCUUCACAAAGGGGAUAACAAAUGGCAGCGGAUAGAUGACCUUCCGAUACCCUUGUAUCGGCACGGAAUAACAAGACUCGGCAACUCAGAUCUUGCUCUUUUGGUCGCUGGAAAAUCUGACGCAUCGAAUAUCUUUAAUGGGUGUUUACUUUAUCGGCCGAGUUCAGGAUGGAUUGAGUGCGAAAUUCAAGGGUCAGAGUAUGAACCAGUCUUUGGUGGCCUAUUGGUUUGUCUGGGGGGGCCAAGCCAUUCCACGGAGACCGAUGGCGUCAAAUUUGAUGGUUUGAUUGCAGGCGGUAUCUCUCGAGAUGGCGUUAUUGCCCAGCAGAUUUUACGAUGGGUUUUAACUUUCUCGGACAAUGAGAAGCCUACAAUUUCAUUUGCAGCCUUAUCGACUUCAAGUUCCCAUAAUUCGUCGAUACGAGAAUCAAACAAAAUCAAGCAUCCCGACAACUUAAUCAACCGCUACGGUGCCUCUGGCUUUAUCUCUCCAGAAGGAUAUCUGACUGUAGUUGGAGGUAUUAUCGCAAACGACAUCGUUACGCGUGAUCUCGAUGUCUUGAUUAUAGACGUUUCUAGCCACCAUUAUAAAAUCGUCUCUGCUUGCCAGGUCGCAAUUACUCCUAGGCCAUUGCUCAUAGGUGCUUCGAUCGAACAGGCCAAAGAUGGUCAAUUAGUUGUAAUGGGUGGAGGUGCUACUUGUUUCUCCAUGGGAACAUUCUGGAAUCCGGGCAGCUACACGCUGAGAUACACCCCUAAGGCCUUCACUACCGGAGUACCGAUACCGCAUAAUAGCAGGGCGAUUUGGAAAUACUCGAGGAUUGUUGAACUUACGGAAGAAACAGAACGGAACCAUGCCUCGACUUCUUCGAGCAGAGAGGCUGCGGAGAAGGUUGACAUACCUAGGCUCCAGAUCAAUACUGCAGACGAAUUUUCAGCGGUGCUGAAAGCUGGGAAACCUGUGGUUUUCGAAGCGUGCCAAUUAGGAAACUGUAUCCAAACCUGGACAUCAGACUAUAUUGUGAAGCAACUUGGCCCUGAUAGAGAGGUCGUUGUUCACGAGGCUGAUAGCCAAAAUAUGGACUUUAACAGCAAGAAUUUUGCAUAUGUCACAAAGAAGUUUCAAGACAUAAUGCAAGGAAUUUCAGAUGGCCAGAAGCUAUACCUACGUGCCCUUUCUGGUGAUCACCCAUCCGAUCAGCCGGCCAAUCUCAAGAUCGACUUCCCGCAGCUGGCUGAAGAUUUCCAGCUACCUGACGCGCUUUCAUUCGUAAAGCAGAACGAAUUCAGCUCCGUACUGCGAAUCACUGGGCCUGUUAAUAUGUGGCUCCAUUACGAUGUUAUGGCAAAUGUAUAUUCCCAAAUAGUUGGCUCCAAGAGAUUCGUUCUGUUCCCGCCAUCGGAUGUCACUAAGCUUUCAUUCGCUCCGGGAUCGUCUAGCUCAAGCAUUGACGUAUUUUCCGAACUCGAAUCGCCUUCUCUUGCUGAGACACAUCCUCACGAGACGGUACUGAAACCUGGCGAUAUACUAUUUAUCCCUCCCCUUUGGCUGCAUACUGCUACACCAUUGAGUAACUUGGGUGUGGCUGUUAACGUCUUCUUUCGCAACCUUGAGAAUGGGUACUCGAGUGGCAGAGAUGUCUACGGAAAUCGGGACCUUGCAGCUUAUGAAAAAGGCCGUCAAGAUAUUACGCGUAUUUCGAAUAGCUUCAGUAAGCUGCCGCCUGAUAUGCGGGGCUUUUACAUCAGGCGUCUAGCAGACGAACUUGCCCAGAAAGCGAUUGAUUGAGGAAUUCACCAACCCCUUCAUUGAGGCUUUAUCUAUUUGGACUGUCUUGUAGGUGGUUCUAGGGCACGUUGAGAGACCGCUGCCUCGCAUUUUUCUAUAGUAAGCAUUGAAAGGGGUAUCGUGACGCUCCCAAAACUGAUAGCACAGGGUUUGAGCAAUCACCUUGUCCCAAC